AUGCCACAUGCCUGGAUGUGGCGAUGGUCCGACUUCGCCUCUUCGUUCAUGCUACUCUGCUUAACGCUGGAUCGCCUGUUGUCGGUGAAGCUACCAAUACGGUACAUCACGUCCGGAACGAAAUACUCAACACGUGUCAUUACAUUU